GUUAUGCAUUUUUGAUCUAGUCAUCUAAAUAUGAUGUUAUAAUUUUGAAUGACUGCCUUGCUCUGAUGUGUUUUUCAUUGACUCAGAAGUGUUGGUGAAUGCAAAACCUGAGUCAUGCCUUGCACAUUUAAACUGCAAAGAUUUAAUUAUUGAUCAAAUUGGGGGGACUUAUUGAUAUUUCUUUCAUUGGUUCUUUUUCCCCACCUUCUGUUUUUCCUCUCUUGUUUUUCCACUUAUUCUCAGUCACUCUAAUUAGUGGUGGUGGUGCUAUUCCCUGCAAAGUCUAGAUGCCACUGAGCAACACUUGCGACCUGACAUGAUAUAGUCUUGAGAGGCUUGAGAACAACUUCUUUUCUACACAGGGAAGUGUCAGGAUCAAAAUCAAGGAAACAGAAAACCACAAAACCUAAAACUCCAGGGGACCAAAGGACAGGAGUACAGGAGUGUGGAUACGGGGUGUUGGGGAUGGGGUUGGGGAGCCAAAGGAGGACGUCAUGGUUUACAGCAGCUCUGCGGCCUCCCCAAUGAAAACAACACCAUCAGCAUCACCUCAUUUAACUGCUCCUGCUACAGCACCUCCUCUACAAGUAGCACCUCCUCUGGUGCUUCCCCCUGGAGAUACUACUAGUCAGGACCUAACCCAGACCUCUGCCAAACUCCUCAGCACAGACCUUACCUCCAACUCUGACUUGACACAGACCUCUACUCUGUCUCCUGCUGAUGCAGAACCCCCUGUUGUAACCCCAGAAAAUGCACUUACAACUAAUCCAAGCCCAGCAUCAUCCUGGUCCUCUACACAGACACAACACACAACACCUUCUCAGGGCCCAGUCAACGGCCGGACAUCAGGCAGGAAGAGGACUCCUAAGGCCUGUGACUGCUGUGGGCCCAACAGUACUGGACACAAUGUCAAAACCUCAGGCAGAGGAAAGGGGAAGGGAAGAGGGAGAGGGAGAGGGGCUGUUAGGGAUCUCGGCGACACCCCAAAAAGAAAAGUGGGGGGCCAGCUGAUAAGUAUCAAGAGCUUUGAUUUGAGCAAGGAGACAGUAGAGGAAGCAGAGGAUGAAGAUGACAGAUAUGAGAAGGAGCAAACGACUCUAGUAGUGGCUGAUAUUCAAUCUCAAACCCCAGUUCCCCUACCUGUCACAUCCCUGCAGGAUGGACCAAUAAGAAACUGUGUCCCUCCAGAGAAAGAGGAUGCACAAAAAAAUGAGGACACAUUGAUAGAGGGGACAGGAGCUACUGGCGAAGGAGGAAAAGGAAGUGGCGAUAGCAGGGAUGAGAUGAAAUGGUCGGGAUUGGCAGGCAGGGGAGUGUCAGUAGUUAGAGGUGGAGGGAGAGGAUGGAGGGGAAUGCUUGGAGCUACGUUUGCAUCAAAAAUUAAAGUAGAAGUUGGAAUGAAGAGGGGAGGUGGGGGUUGUGUUGUCAUCGGUUCUAAAAUGGAGAACAAAAAUGCAGGGAUAGAACAUGGAGAGCAAACUGACUCCAGCAUAGUUAAAUCUCCAUUUGGAAAUGGAGACACAGUAAACCUAUCUGACUCUGAACCUGAGGAGGAGGCUAAGGAGGACAAUAUGAUCAUGAGUGAACUGGGAAAUGGACUACUAUUCAUGUCACGGCAGUCAGGCCAUGCUUCAAGGUCAAAAACUUCCCAGGACCUUGACUCUGAGAUGCAGGUGGACCAGACUUCUGACAGUACAGACCAAGAUUCUUUACCAGUCACUCUGUCCAAUGGAAAUGUCACCACACCAACAGAUCAUGACCACAGAGCUACACCUAUGGAAGUGGAAACUUCUCAUCCAAACCAGGGGCCUAUUAUAGUGUGCAGCAUGCCGCACUGCUGGGCAUUAAGAGACCACAGGCUGUACUGUCAGCCGGGAACCUGGGAGAAUGAGGAGAUGGACGGUCAGUCUGAAUCAGCAGUGAUGGAUGGAAAGACGCAGAAUGAAGAAAGCCUGGAGCAGCUUACAGAUAUGGUCCAUGAGUUUCUGGAGAGCUUCUAUAUGAAGUAUGGCAGUUUCAUUCCUCUCAGUGAGACAGAUGUGCUGGAAUACUUGAAGAAGAAUGGCAACUCUGACCUCAGCAAAAGAGGAUUGGACAUCAAAGGGGAAAUGACUCGGUACAGGUCGGGACUGGCCUCUGCUCCUAUUGCAGGCUUCAUGGUGACGUAUAACAAACACAACCUGGGCCUGGAGGACCUUGGCACACUAGAAGAACAGAAUUGGCUUAAUGACCAGAUUAUCAACAUGUAUGGAGAACUCAUCAUGGAAGCAACGCAACAGAAGGUUCAUUUUUUCAACAGCUUUUUCCACAAGCAGCUGGUUGCCAAGGGUUAUGAUGGUGUGAAGAGAUGGACUAAAAAAGUCGACCUGUUCUCCAAGUGGCUGCUGCUAAUUCCCAUCCAUUUAGAAAUCCACUGGUCUCUUGUCACAGUCACCAUGGCAACCAAAACCAUCAGUUACUACGACAGCCAAGGCAUCGUCUUCAGACACACCACAGAUAACAUUAUGAAGUACCUCCUGUCUGAAGCCAGAGAGAAGGAACAGGCAGCUUUCCAGAAGGGCUGGAAAAUUACUAUCAUCAAGGGUAUUCCUCAGCAGAAAAACGACAGUGACUGUGGAGUUUUUGUCCUUGAGUACUGCCGUCGUCUCUCAGUGAAGCAGCCUCUGCUGUUCAGUCAGGAGGACAUGCCUCGCAUCCGCAAGAGAAUCUACAAGGAACUGUGUGACUGUCGACUCAACGAUUGAACGACUGCAAAACAGCCGCCUUCACUCACUGACUUCUUGCCUGGUUACAUGAGACAGUCUGUCAGACGGCCUGUUUCACAGACAGCCUGUUACACAAGCUAACACAACCUGGUCAACUGUUUUACAGGGAGCCCUAACUGCCAGUCCGUCUGUGUGACUGACAGCAGAGUGGAUGUCACUUGGGACUUCUGGUGACUUUAGCUAAGCAGAGUUUUACUUGCAAACUUGCAAAGAACUACUGACGUGGCCCCCUACUGACCCCCCCCCCCCCCCCCCCAAAACAUGCUGGACCAGCACACUUCAGGUUGCUUUUGCGUUCUACAUAUAUCACCCCCAGAGGAUUUCAACCAAAUGGCCAAACAGCCGCCUUUAAGAACACAGAAGAGUUCUGAGUUUGACUGAGGAUGCAGGCGUCAGACCAGCCUGGACCAAUGGGAUGGAUUUUCCCUCCCACAUGGAGUGGCCUUAGUCUCCCGGAUGGCCAUUUUAAACUGAAUGACCUUUUUAAGUUUAUUUUAUGCUGGACAUUAUGCAGUUAUAUAUUAACAGUUAUAUGCGUGUUUUCUAACAUGUUAAUGAACCUAGGAUGUGCGAUUCAGUGGACCAACUGUUCACUUAAAACUUGAAGGUUUGAGUUGGUUACGUUCUCUUGGACUACAGAUAUUUGCACGGUCAGAGGCCUAUCCAUUGUGGAGUUUAGAAUAUCAACUGAAUGUACUGAUCAUGUUUCCUUCCUGGCUGCCUCGCAUGGUGGUGACACAGCACCAUGCAGGCUGCUGUCACAGUUUGGCUGUGGCUUGACACAGGGAUAUCCUGUUUCAAGGUAGUUUUUUUUUGUUCAAUUUUGAUCAGGUUUUUGACACCUGCUCUCCAAUUCAUGUCUUAUUAAAAUUUUCCACCACAUUAUUUCCUGCUAUUUUUGUUUGUUUGUUUUCUUUCUUUGCUGUGAUCACAUCCUUACGGUAGGUUUUGCACAUGCAUUUUUCCAGCUGUCUCAGCUAAAAGCCAUUGUUCAAUGAUACUUUAACAUCAGUUUGAAUUGAAAAUAGUUUCUCAUGCAGGUUAGUAAACUUUAUGUUAAGCUGAACAGCUAGCUGCUGAAAUGAAGACCACAGUUUUUGAUUUUAGAAGAAUCUUCUCCAGCUUUAUAUCGUCACUGCUUCAUGUUGAUGCAUUAACACAGGUGCAGAAAGUCGUGGUUACAGAGUGGCCUGUUAACAGAGAAACAAGUGGACCUCAGCUAUUUUGAUUAAAUCUUCUGUCCAACCUUAGUUUUGUUAUGUUCACUUAUAUGUACUUACAGAUUGUAUUGUACUUUUACUGGCCUACUACUGUACAUGCUUGCUUUGGUUAAAAACCACAGCAGUUUCUUGACUGUUUUUAUUGUUGUUAUUAAAAGGCCAAUAUUGCUGGGAGACUGA